AUGAAUAAAAAAACAGAAAGCAAACUUAAUAAUUCAGAAAAAACGCGAAAGGAUUCGGAAAAAUUGACACAACAAACUGAGGAAAAAAAGCAAGAUAUAAUUGAGAAAGAAGAUAGCCAAAAGGUUACUGAACAAAAGCCUUUAGAAACUACUGAUCUUAAAAAGGAAAUCGAGGUUUUAAAGGACAAAAAUCUUCGUUUGUUGGCUGACUUAGAAAAUCAAAAAAAAGGUUUUUUCCAGGAAAUGGAAAAAAUGACUAAAAUGUUAAAGUACAAUGUUAGCAAGGAAUUAAUAGAAAAGGUCUUGCCAUUAUUUGACAGUUAUGAUAGGGCUAUUAAAAUUAGUCAAACUUAUCAGGAUCCAAAAAUUAAACAAUUUUUAGUUGGAUUUCAAAUGACGUUUGCUGAGUCUCAAAAUGUUUUUUUUGAAAGAGAAGGAAUAGAAGAAAUAAAAAUUACUCCUAAAAAAGAUACUUAUAAUCGUGAAUUGCAUAACCCGCAACAAGUGGAAGAAAGUAAUGAUUAUGCCGAAGGAACGAUUUUAGAGGUGCUUAAAAAAGGAUAUCUUUACCAAAAAAAAGUUCUUCGCCCUGCCGAAGUAAAAGUUAGCAAAAGGAGAAGCGAAAAAAAUAAAUAA